AUGGAUAAUUUAAAUUCUUGGAAAUUAGAAUUGCAAAAAAUAUUGAAUUUUGAUAACGAGGAUGGCCUUGAUCCUGUUUUUCAGGACUAUGAUGUUAAUACUAUUGCACCUAUUGCUUAUCCUGCAGAUUAUUCUGAAGCAAUGGCUUAUUUAAAAGCAAUAAUGAUUAAAGAAGAGAUGUCUGAGCGUGCAAUGAAACUUACUACGUAUCUUAUUAAUAUGAAUCCUGCGCAUUAUACAGUAUGGGCUUAUAGGAUGAAAGUUUUAAUAAAUCUUAAAAAAGAUAUUUUCCAAGAACUUUUAUGGAUUGAAAAAUUGAGUAAGCUACAUCCUAAAAGUUAUCAGUUAUGGCAUUAUAGACAACUUCUUAUGGAUAUGUAUGGAGAUCCAUCAACAGAGUUAAAAUUUUUGGCUCAAGUUUUAGAAAAGGAUUCUAAGAAUUAUCAUGCGUGGUCUUAUCGACAAUGGUUAAUAGAGCGAUUCAAUUUAUGGGAUAUAGAAUUAUUUUAUAUUAAUUCUCUUUUAAAACAAGACAUUCGGAAUAAUUCUGCAUGGAAUCAUAGGUUUUAUAUUGUUUUUAGGAAUAAUCAGUAUGUUUCGAAUGAUAUUUUAGAGAAAGAAAUAAAGUAUUGCAAAGAUGCUAUAGCAUUUUCUCCUCAAAAUCCUAGUCCAUGGUUGUAUCUUAGAGGAAUAUUUGAAAAAUAUGACCUAAAUAUUUCUCUUUUGGAAUCAUUUUGUCUUCAAUAUGCUUCCUUAGAUCCAGAAGAGAAUCAAAGAAUGUCUUCUGAAGCAUUAGAGUUUCUAGUUGAUAUAUAUUCUUUAAACAAAGCAUCUAUAGUAGAUGCAAAAAAGGCUAUACAGUUGUUGAUUAAUAAAUAUGAUAUUAUUAGGAAAAAUUAUUGGGAAUAUAGAAUAUUAUUACUUGAUGAAAAAAAUAGUAUAUAA